CCAUCUCUUUAUUCAUGCCUGUCAGAACCUUCUAAAACAGCCUUGAAUUACCCUCAAGCGGCAUGCAUAUGAUUGUGACAGAAUCUAAAUUGCCUGCUGCUAUUUCUUUGGACCCUCUCAGCUCAUAUAUAGGAGCAGCAAUUGCUGCUGGCUUCCCUACAAAAACAGGGAAAGCAUUGGAGGGGAAAGGGAAAUGGCAUUGUCUGCCAAUAGGCUGCUAACUGUUCUUCUAUGCUUGUUGCUGUUAUCUCAUCAGCAGAAGGUGUAUGGCUUGAAAGGCAUUAGUCUUGCCUUCGGAAGGGAAGAGGAUGAAGUGCCCGAGAAGAAGCCGCGGGUGCUUGCUCAAAGUAAUGCUGCCAAUCUCAACAACAAGGGCGGGUACUCAGCAAGUCCUUCAUCAGCUGAUCCCAACAGAAUGAGUGAAAGAAGGGUUCGGAGGGGUUCAGAUCCAAUACACAACAGGUAUUGAUGCUUCAUCAUGUAGGGAGGAUCAGAGACAACAAGAACAUCAUCCAAGAUAUGAUGGAUCAGUUGAUGCGAGGCGCUAAAGGUUUUUUGGUGCUUUCUACUUGUUUUUAAACUUGUCUGUUUGAUGCUUCUUUUCUAUUUCAUUUGUGUUUCUUAAUUAUUUCGUAAUGGAUAUAUCUGUAAAAAGUUUUUAGUGGUAAAGAAUGACGACGUACUGCAGUAAUCAAGUGUG